UAAGGCAUUCCCCGCUCUCACUCGGGUCGACUAACCCAGCAGCUGUGUGUGUAUGUGUGUGUGAAAACGAGUACCUUGUUCUCUAUGUGCAGACCAGUCACAACGAGGCUGGGUGUUCAGCAAUCAACAGAUUGCUUGUCUUUCUCUUGCUCAGUCUCCUCUAACUCUCUCUCUCUCUCAUUUACUGACACUUAAUUAAAGUGGUCAGUCGAGUUUUUAUAUACUUCUAAUUACACCUAUUUCUUUAAAUAAGUUAACUACCUGAAUAUAAAGUACCAGUGCAUCACUUUCACAGCCGGAUCGGACUUUAAUUAUUACUGAGAUUACCUUUAGAAGUUUAUCCUACAACCAUUAAGUAAUAAUAAACCAAAAACAAACAAGCUAAACACAACUGGACAAAAAUAAACAAAAUAUAUAUUUAAAGACUGGAGAGUAGUAGUUCCAACUCUCUUUCCCCAAAAUGCCGGUCUUUCAUACAAAGACCAUCGAAGGAAUUCUUGAGCCGGUAGCUCAGCAGGUUUCCAAACUUGUGAUUCUACAUGAAGAAGCUGAAGAUGGAAACGCCAUGCCUGAUUUGGCUCGGCCAGUACAAGCUGUCAAAAUGGCCGUCGACAAUUUGGUUAAGGUUGGUUAUGAUACCAUUAACAACAGUGAAGACCAGAUUCUCAAACAAGAUAUGCCACCAGCGCUCAGCCGUGUCGAAGAUGCUUCUAUUCUGCUCCUCCAGGCUUCGGAUAUGCUGCGGGGAGACCCUUUUUCAGCCCCUGCUAGGAAGAAGCUCAUUGAAGGAUCACGAGGUAUCCUGCAAGGUACUUCUGCUCUUUUGCUGGCAUUUGAUGAGUCUGAAGUCCGUAAAAUAAUUAGAGUAUGCAAGAAUGUACUGGAAUAUUUAGCUAUAACUGAAGUUGUAGAUAAGAUGGAGGAUUUGGUUACCUAUGUCAAGAAUCUCAGUCCUGUGCUUACGAAAAUCAUCAAAGAAGUGGAUGCCCGUGAGAAGGAACUGACACACCAAGUUCAUCGUGAUAUGUUAAUCCGUUCAUUGGAUCAGGUGAAGAAUCUCACUCCUGUUCUCAUCAGUGGAGUGAAGAUAUUCAUUACUGCCAAAGAGACAGGUUCUGGUUUUAUCGAGGCUCAGAAGAACCGUGACUAUGUGGUACAGAAGAUGUCUGAUGAAAUCCAUGAGAUAAUUCGGGUGUUGCAGCUCACAACCUAUGAUGAAGAAAACUGGGAUGCUGAUGAUUUGACUGUGAUGAAGAAAGCUCAGUCAGCAAUUGAAGGAAAACUGAAGCAAGCUAGUGAUUGGCUACAAGACCCAGCAGCUUUGGUUGGCAGCGCAGGUGACAAAGCCCUCCAUCAAAUUUUAGAAGAUGCUCGGAAAAUUGCUGAGAGGUGUGCUGAUCCUGCUGAGAGAGAUGCCAUCAUACGGAAUGUGGGAGAUAUUGAAUCCAUGGCAAAUAGUUUGGCUGAACUUAGGCAGCAAGGAAAAGGUAGCAGUCCACAGGCCAUGGCUUUAGCCAGAGAAAUCCAGAAUAAACUUGGCAGUUUGCAGCAGUUAACCCAGAUGGGAAUUGUUAACACAGAACGUAGUGGGAUCCGUAAACCUGCUCCUACAGUAUCUGGCAAGGUAGAACAAGCCCAGAGGUGGUUAGCUAAUCCAGGACUUGAUGAUAAAGGACUUGGUGAACAAGCUACACGCAUGGUUGUUGCUGACGGGCGCAAAGUGGCAGAAUCCUUGACUGGACCACAAAGAGCAGAGCUCCUUCGUCUUUGUGAUGAGACUGAAAUAUUAACCAAUCAGUUGGCAGAUAUGAUCCGAAGGGGACAGGGUAAUACUCCCCAAGCUCAAGCAUGUGCACGCCACUUAUCUGAGAAGUUACAUGCUCUGAAGAACAAAAUUGGUGAAGGCCUUGUUAAUCAGGUGGCAGAGGACUUCAUUGAUAUGACCACCCCUCUGAAGCAGUUGAGUGAUGCUGCAAUUGUUCCUCUUGGGGUCCCUGGCCGAGAACAAAAAUUUGAAGAAAAGUCACGUAACUUUUUAAGUCAGUCAGCAAAACUUGCUGAAACUGCCAACAUGGUGGCAACUGCUGGUGGCUGUGCAAACAAGAAAACUGUUGAGGCUAUUUUUAGUACUUCUGCUCAGGCCAAUGACUUGUCUCCUCAAGUUGUAAAUGCUGCCAAAAUAGUUUUGAUCAAUCCUACUAACCAAGCUGCUGUUGACCACUUUGAUCUUCUGAAGAAACAGUGGACUGAGAACAUGGAGCGUCUACGGACAUUGGUCGAUGAGGCCACUGAUACAGAAGCUUUUAUUCUUGCCACUGAACAAGGAAUUCAGAAAGACAAAGAAAAGGUUGAAGAAGGAAUUCGAACCAUCAAUCCUCCAAUAAUCGUUACUAAUGCUUCCAAUAUUGCUCGGCGUGCAAACCGUGUACUGCAAGUUGCUCAACAAGAAGCAGAGAACAGUGAAGAUCCACAGUUUGUGGAAAAAGUUAAUUCUGCUUCUGAUGUCCUGAAAUCUACAAUUACCCCAAUGGUACAGGAAGCGAAGUCAGUCUCUAUCGACCCCAAAGAUCAGGUCGCUGCAAACAACUGGCGCAAAGCAAACAAUUCAUUAAUAUCUGCAGUUGGCCAGGUGAGAAAAUCUGUUAUGGUAACACCAAAAGAGGACAACAGAUACACUCAAGCCUUCCCACCCCCACCAGAUAUGUCUCAACUGAGUAUCUCAGCUAAGGGUGGCAGCCCUAAAGCUCCCCUGUCUCCACGCAGGGUUAGAGUGCCUGUUCAGAUGGCACCUCCAACAACAACGCUCACCUUUCACAAUAGCGCUUAUGACCCACUUACACCACUUAUCAACCAGCUGUCCAGUUGUGUCCCCACACCUCCAAGUGGUCCUUCCAGAGAUGACUGUACAUACAUAUAUAAUAGAGUCCCUGAUCAACAUGCUAUGGAUGGAAGAAGUGAGGUCCUAGAAGCUACCGUACAGAGGGAACAACAUUACGCUCCAGAGCAGAAGAGUCCCAUGUUUGUUCCUCCUCCCCCAGUGCUGCCACCACCACCACAGGAUAGCUACAAUUAUGGAUAUGAUUACAGAGAUGCUCCUCCACGCCCACCACUGCCAAGUGAUGCCUGUCCUCCAAGACCUCCACCUCCAGAGACUGAUGACGAGGAUGAAUCUGCUUUCCCAGUGCCACAAGUCAAUCAACCAAUCAUGAUGGCAGCUCAUGACCUACAUAUGGAAACCAAGCAAUGGUCUAGUAAAGACAAUGAAAUUAUUGUAGCUGCAAAGAAAAUGGCUCUUCUACUUGCGAAACUCUCCCAUCUUGUUAGUUGUCAGGAAAAUUGCAAAUGGAUAUGGUGUACUGUUCACAAGACAGGUGAAGGUGGAAGCAAGAAAGAUUUGAUUGCAACUGCUAAAGCUAUAGCUGAGGCCUCAGAAGAAGUGACCCGGUUAGCGAAGAUCCUUGCCCUUGAAUGUACUGACAAGAGAAUGAGAACUAAUUUACUGCUUGUUUGCGAACGAAUACCCACCAUAGGUACUCAACUGAAGAUCUUGUCGACAGUGAAAGCCACUAUGCUUGGAGCCCAAGAGCCAAUUCCAGCACCUGAUGGUAGCGAGAUUGCCUGUGAAUCAAGUUCUCAAGAAGACCAAGAUGCAACAGAGAUGUUAGUCGGUAAUGCUCAGAACCUUAUGCAGUCAGUCAAAGAAACUGUGCGUGCUGCAGAGGCUGCAUCAAUCAAGAUCCGUGUUGACUCUGGCUACACCAUCAGAUGGAUCCGUAAAAGGCCAUGGUAUACAUAAGUUAAACAGUGUUUUCAAGGUUCAGUAUGUUUUGUGUGAGUGCAAGUUUAUGGCUUUGCACACCAUUACUGAUUUGAAGGUAACUUGUUUAGACAAAUGCAGUGAAUUAAACGAUACAGUUAAAGCUGCGUUAUAUAAGAAUCUGCUUGAGAUUAUGGCCACUCAUAGUUCGUUACAUUUUUUAAAAAAUUAUUUUUAAGUAUUUACAUUUAAAAGCAAACAAAAAUCAUAGGAAGAAUAAAAUUUUUAAAAUGAAAAAAAAAAUUGACAAUGAAAAAAG